AUGCCGGGGCGGUGCGGGGUGCCGGGGCGGAGCGUGGCCCAGGCUGGGCAGAGUCCGGCCGAGUCGCUGCAGCUGGAGGCAAAUUACUAUGGCAAAGAGCUGCAGAAGUCAGAUGACCUGAAAACCAGUGCGUGUGUCACCUCGGCCAGGCCCCUUCCCAAGGCGGUGAGAGAUGCUUUGGAGCGUGUCCAUGAGGAGGUGGUAGCCAGGUACUAUGGCUGCGGUCUGGUGAUCCCCGAGUACCUGGAGUCAUGCCGGAUCCUGGAUCUGGGCAGCGGCAGCGGCAGAGACUGCUACCUGCUGAGCCAGCUGGUUGGGGAGCGGGGCCACAUCACCGGGAUAGACAUGACCGAAGGCCAGGCUGAGGUGGCGAAGAAGCACAUUGCCUACCACAUGGACAAGUUUGGCUACCGAAAGCCGAACGUGGAGUUCCUCCAGGGCUACAUAGAGAAGCUGCGUGAUGCCGGGCUGGCCGAUGACAGCUACCAUAUUGUCAUCUCCAACUGUGUGAUCAACCUUGCCCCCGACAAGAGGGCUGUGCUGCGGGAGGCCUACCGCGUGCUGAAGCCUGGGGGAGAGAUGUACUUCAGUGAUGUCUAUGCCAGCCAGCGCCUGAGCGAGACCGUCCAGAAGCACAGGGUGCUGUGGGGGGAGUGCCUGGGGGGAGCUCUGUACUGGAGAGACCUGUACAGCAUCGCUGAGGAGGUGGGGUUCAGCCCCCCAUGCCUGGUCACCGCCAGCCCCAUCACCAUCAUUGACAAGGAGCUGGAGGGCAUCAUUGGUGACUGCCGCUUUGUCUCUGCAACUUUCCGCCUGUUCAAGGUGCCGGGUAGCAGCCAGGCCGGGCCAGGACAGGUCAUCUACAAUGGUGGGAUCGUGGGGCACGAGCGAGAGCUGGUGUUUGACGCCAACUUCACCUUCAAGGAAGGAGAGGUGGUAGAUGUGGAUGCCGAGAUGGCUGCGAUCUUGCGGAGCUCCAGGUUUGCGGACAAGUUCCUGAUCCAAGCUGGCAGGGCCAACGCUGCCGCACAGCAGGGCUGCUGUUUCAAGGGAGUGAAGGAGAAGAUCUGUGAUCCCUUCCAGCUGCUGGAGCAGCUGGCGGCCUCAGGUCCUGCCUGCCAUCCCGGUGGCACCUGUGGUCCCCCAGGGUGCUGUUGAGCAGUGAGUGAUGUCCCCACGCUAGUGAAUGCCAGUGGGGCAGGAGGAUGUGGCCCCAGCGGCAUGCGGCUACCACCAGAGAGCAAAUAAAUGGCCAAGAUCAAA